CAUUCGUUUAUCACCCACAAGAAUUUGCGUCCAUUUCCAAAGGGUUUAAGACAACAGCUCAUAAACCCCUCUCUUAUUUCCCCCUCCAUUUUGCUGCAUAGCCUAAGAAUGCGUCGAUGGCUCGCGUCUUCGCCCAAAUCACUAGCCGAUAAACUAUUGAAAAUUUGUGCUCAAUCCUCCGAUGGAGUCUUAUGUGGGAAAAUUCCCCACUUUCAACGGGCAUUCAUUUGUUCUCCAUGUCGACGGCAUCAUUCAUCAGCUGCAUAUCAGUACGGUUAUAGGGAAUGGCAUGCCGGUUUUGCACAUAAUGAAAUGCUGUUUUCGAGGCGUUUCAUCCACGGCACAGGGUCUUAUCAAUCCGCGGCACGUGAUUACUAUGAGAUUCUUGGCGUUUCUAGAGAUGCCACCCGCGAUGAGAUUAAAAAGGCUUUUCAUGCUCUGGCGAAGAAGUACCAUCCUGAUGCCAAUAAGAAUAAUCCCUCUGCGAAGAGAAAAUUUCAAGAGAUAAGAGAGGCGUAUGAGACUUUGAAAGAUCCUGAAAAGAAAACACAUUAUGACAGGUUGAGACAGAGUUCAAAAACAAAUGGGACAAGGAGUGCAGGAAAUUCUAACACGGGCUCGAGUCGCUUUAGACAUGCUCAUGGAGCUCAGUUCUCUGAUUCAUUUCACAAAAUUUUUUCUGAGAUUUUUGAAAAUGAAACUGAAAAUGUGGGUAGUGAUAUUCAGGUGGAACUUGUGCUUACAUUUUCUGAAGCCGCUCAAGGAUGCACUAAGGAUUUGUCCUUUGAUGCAGAUGUGCCAUGUGAUUCUUGCCAUGGCCGAGGCCAUCCCUUCGAUGCUCAAACAAUAAUGUGUCCAACUUGCAGAGGCAUUGGAAGAGUGACAAUACCACCUUUUACUACAACUUGCAGUACCUGUAAAGGUGUUGGACGAAUAAUCAAGGAAUACUGCACGGCUUGCGGAGGAUCAGGGGCGUGCAAAGGAGUCAGGGAUGCCAGAGUAACUGUACCAGCAGGUGUGGACGCUGGUGAUACAAUUCGUGUACCAGGAGCUGGUAAUUCUGGUGCAUGGGGAAGCACCUCUGGUGACCUAUAUAUAAAACUAAAGGUUGCAGAAGAUCCCGUAUUUUCCAGAAAUGGUGCUGAUCUUUAUGUGGACCAAUAUAUUAGCCUUACACAAGCCAUUCUUGGUGGCAGCGUUGAGGUGCCUACCCUAUCUGGGAAGAAGCAACUGACAAUUCCUAAGGGGGUUCAACAUGGGCAACUGGUUAAGUUAAGAGGCAAAGGAUUGCCUAAGAAUGGUUUCAUGGUGACCCAUGGAGAUCAGUAUGUACGCUUCUGCAUAAAUCUUCCUUCAACCGUAACUGAAAGACAACGUGCAAUACUAGAAGAAUUUGAGAAGGAACAAUUGGAUGAAAAUAAUAGAUCUGCUGCAGGCAGUUGCAGGCUUUAUCAGCGGCUAUCUACUGGUUGAACUGUACAGGUGGCAGUAUUGGGUUAGACGUUCUGCUUGGCCUGAGUUCGUACUGGAGUUCUCCAUAUUGACGAUGAUUUUGAUAUUCCUUGUCAAAGUCUUGAACUAGGACCACUGCACAUUCUGGACGAACAAGUGUACAGAGAUUGACUGGCAAAUCAGCGCAGAACAUAGGCUAUAUCAUCUCUGGAGCAGACUUCAAGUUUUGUGGUCUAUUCCAUGAUUCAGUUCUUAGCUCUUCAACAGUUACCAUCAUGGGCAAAGUUAUAAGAGGCUUGCUUCACUCGGUAAGGAUCAAGAAUAACCAAACAUUAUUUAACUUGUAAAUGAUGUUACGUUCAUCUUGGAUUAUUUGAUUCUUUCUUCAUACAAAUAUUGUACAACUCUCACAGCUUGAAAGAAUGAUAUAACAAAUGAAACUCUUCCGGUUCCAUAAUGCACAACCGGGGGAGCCCGUGGAAUCCCAGGUAUUGUCUUGUAGAUUGCUGUUAGUAAAAUGAUGUAUCGGAUUUUGAUUGUGAAUUCUCAUUCUUUGAUACGGAGUGGUCAUGAUUUAGAAGAUUGACCUAUUGAUGAGUUUGGGUCUUUAAAUAAUUUUAGUGGGAAGAAACUUAUGACUAGCUUCA